AUGGCAGCCUCCCCACCAUCCUCCUUCUCGGCCUCCUCGUCCUCAUCCUCUUCUCUCUGUCCGUCCUCCUGCAGCUCAAUACACUCUCCCCCGUUGCUCGGCACCAAUCUCUCACCCUCCUCCUGGUCACCCUCGCAUCGUCCUUCAGCAGCUUCAGCCCGAGACCAACUGGAAAGCCUGAUCGCCAAGCACGGUCACCCCACUCGAGUCUCCUUAUCGUCCUUGCGUGACCUGACGGCUACCUCUUCCACAUAUAAUCCGCCGUCGCCGCUAUCUCCUCGUUCACCCGCUUCGGAAAUCUCAGAAUUGUCUGAAACUGUCAUCCUCAGCCGUUCUACCUCUCGUCCAAUUCCCAUACCAAAACCGCCGAGCAGUCCUUACGAUUCAGAUCUGCCGGUCACCCCGUUGACGGGGCGUUUUGAAAAGGAUUAUUUCCCGCAGUCUGAUCAGUCCAAGCCUUGGAGGAACCGCGAGAGUGUCUCCCGGCUGGACAGUGACCGCUAUCACCGCACUUCAUACCACCGACCAUCCUCCAGAAUGCGUUCCGAUAGCUCCUCGUUCUAUUCGCCGGCCAUGUCGCCCAGCAUGUCACCCUCGACCCGCUCCGCAUCUCCACAGCCAACACGCUCUCGCCCUCACAACUCGGCUAAGUCGGUGCCAGCGUUCCAUCUCGGCAGCCUGCCUCGGUUCCAUCCCGCUGUCUACCAGCCCUCCAACAACUCCCAGAGUUUGGCCGCACAGCCUCCUUCGCCCCGGCAUACCCGACAGCAGUCAUACUGGACAUCGUCAAGCUCUCGUGACACGCUGAGACAGUACAGAGAAUUGGUGGAAAGCGUCACUCUCUCCAGGGCACCGUCUCGGCCGCUCUCGCCGAGUCCCUCAGCCCCAAGGUUAGAUCCUUUACGCAGCCCGGGACCUGUGACUCCAUUGGCUCUGGAGGAGACCGGCGGCUACUUGACCAUUGGUGCAACGAGCUCAGACUUUUCGUCGAGCGACUCCCAAAGCUCCAGCGCGGCGCCAGAUCAGGUUGAGAAGCUCAUUGCUCGCGAAGUCGACCGGGCUCGUCAGAAGUCGCGAAAGAGCUCCAAGAAUUGGUGA